AAGGAACUCUCCAUUACAAAUAAUGAGCAAAAAAAUUUAUUGACUUUAGUUACUUCAGAACCUACUUCUAGCUCAAAAACUCAGAUGCUGAUUGAAGAAGUUAGAAAGCAGCAGUAUGCAUUGCAACGAUUCAAGUUUGAAGGAUCAUACAAAAGCAUCAAUUCAACAGAAAUGGAACAACUUUUUUCAAAAUUCUUUGCUGAUAUGGAUGAACAUCUAAAAAAAGAUCCAAGCAUUAUGGCACCUGUUACAAGUGAUUCAAUUAAUGGUUUAAAGCACAAAUUACAAAAAGAUGAUGAAAAAGGAAAUAUUAAAGAAUUUCAUAUACUUGUUAAAAAACAAACUAAAACGAUCAUCGAAACUAUAAAAGAUCAAUAUGUUCAUAUAACUGAAGUUCAACAAAAGCAGCAUGACGAACAAAUGGAAAUUUUUAGACAACUUUUAAUGAAAUUAUAA